AUGUCGGCAGCCGCUGACGGCUGUGAGGAGGAGGCAUCUCAAGCACAGCCGCUUACAGCGGAACAGCGGAAAUAUCUGGAGGAUGUAGAGGAACGUCAGAAGAAGUUUCGAGAAUGGGUAAAGAAAAAGGUGGGGUCUGCGUAUCUUGCAGGAUACGAGUUCAACAAGCCCUCUGAAUUCAUCCUUCAUCUGAGUGAUCUCUGUGAAAACAUUACCAAAGAGCGCGAUGAGAAAGCAAGAAGAGGGUGCUUGAAGUGGGCAAAACGAAGUCAGAGUUUUGCGGUUGAAGCCAAAGAAUUCAUGGAGGGCGUCUCACCAGUCUUGGACGUAGUGAGGGCUUCUGCGCCCCCUUACGGCGACAUAGCGAUAGGAACGGUCUUCAUACUAUUAGGGGUCGCAACGCGCAGGAAUGAUCUGGAUGCUCGCAUCUCGACCAUCCUGGGGAGUUUUCAGGACAAACUUUCCAGCUUCAGACUGUUCCAACAGAUCUAUGAUGGGAAAGUGGUCAAGCAUCAUCUUACGAAAGAGCUUCAGAGAAACAUACUGGACACCUACAUCGCGUUCAUUGACUUUGCCAUCAAAGCAGCCAAGUUCUAUUUGCGAUCGGGGUUUUAUCGAUGGACUAUCGCCACAUUCAAAUCGGGCGAGUUCCAAAAAGAGUCCGACGAUUUGAAAACUCAUGUACUCAGAGUGAAGAAGGCGAGUGAGGCGUUGCUCCAUCGAAAUGUGGCCGAGCUCACGGAAUCUCAAAAAGAACUUCUUCGUAAAAACAAGAACCUCCAGGACGGUUUGGACAAGCUGCGAAACAAUAACGUCUACAAUCGUCUCACACAGUUUCAGCGACUACUCGGGCUGGAGAGCUGGUCUUUGGACCACGAAAAACAGUGUUUGAGCGAGUAUAAAACAUCUUUCCAUCGUGAGUUGAAUUUGGGGGAAAAGCACACUUACCAACAAGUGAGUGGGAACGAUUUCGAAGUGUUGAUUAGGAAGGCCGGCGCCUAUCAUCACUGGACUGCGUCGAAUCAGUCAGCUAUGAUAGUCCUGGUGGGCCUCAACAAUGAAGCCAUCAAGGCACGCAAAAUGCAUUGUUGGAUAUCCCCCUUGGCGUGGGAGGCUUGGACCCGCUUACGAGACAGGGGAGCGAUGCAUGCCUUCCAUGCGCUGAGCCCGAAUGAAGAAAAUGGACAGAAACGGUCGCUGUACGAAACCAUCUCAAUCGUCCUCUUCCAGCUCCUGAGUUCCAGGCUCGUUCAACUCGCAGAUGACAAGCAUGAUGCACAACUUCGUGCUGCCGUCCAAAGAUUCAAGGACCUUCCGACAACGGACCACAACCAAGAUAAAUAUAUUAAGGCGUUGCAAGAAGUAUGUGUUGAGAUUCUUGGGCUGUUUGAUCGUGGAGAGACGGUGUAUGUGGUGCUCGAUCGGAUUGAUCUGUGCUGGGGUCCCCAAUCGAACAGGAUUCUUGAACUAUUGGCGGAUACGAUGAGGCUGUCAAAAUGUGUAAUGAAAGUGCUGGCGGUCGCAAAUCCUCUGGGACGGUCUGUCGAGCGCUUUGACUUGGAAAGGUUGAGUGACAGAGUUGGGGAGCAGAUCCAGCUGAUUCACAAACCUCUUUACCAGGAGCAUAUCUAA